AUGUCUCUUCCUACCAAAACGCGCGAAUACCGUCUUCCUCAGUACGAUGGCUUCCACAACCUGACUCUUCAAGAAUCUCGGAUGCAGCCACCUACAUCCAACGAGGUGCUCAUCAAGGUACACGCAGUGUCUCUCCAGUACCGCGACCUCCUGAUCGCAAGGGGCGUGUAUGCAGUCGACGUCAAGGAUAAAGUUAUCCCCGGCUCCGAUUUCGGUGGUGAGAUCGUCGCGCUCGGCCCCGACAUCCACGGCUGGGACAUCGGCGACCGCGUCAUGUCCAAUUUUGCCAUCGACCAUCUCUUCGGCGACCCCACCCCCGAGCUAAAGCGCUCCCACCUCGGCGCGCCCAUCGACGGCGUGCUGACAGAGUACAAGAUCCUCCCCGCGCAUUGCCUUGUGCGCAUUCCGGAGCACCUCUCGUACGAAGAAGCCUCGACGCUGCCUUGCGCUGCCCUAACAGCAUACGCGGCGCUCAUGGGCCCCGUGCCGCUGAAGGGCGGCGACACCGUGCUUAUCCUCGGCACGGGCGGUGUGUCCAUGUUCGGGCUGCAGUUUGCUGCGGCGUCGGGCGCGACAGUCAUCGUCACCUCGUCGUCUGACGAGAAGCUGCGUAUCGCCGCGAAACUCGGCGCGAAGCACCUCAUCAACUACCGCCGGACGCCUGACUGGGACAAGGAGGUGUUGAGGCUCACGAACGGACGCGGUGUAGACCAUGUUCUGGAAGUCGGUGGUGAAGGAACACUAAACAAGUCGAUCGCGUCUGUGCGCAUGGCUGGGAACCUGAACAUAAUCGGGAUCGUCGCUGGGCCGGGUGACGUGAGCGGACUGAGGCUCAAGGUGCUCCUCAAUGCCAUCAAUUUGCGAGGGAUUGUUGUGGGUUCCCGUGCCCAGUUCGAAGACAUGAACCGGUUGAUCACCGCUACGUCUCUACGGCCUGUCAUCGGGAAGGUAUUUAAAUUUGAAGAGCUCCGCGAGGCGUAUGAGUACUUGGAUAGCCAGAAACAUGUCGGAAAGGUGGUAGUCAAGGUAUCGAAAGAUUGA